AUGGCUGCUAUUGAGAAAGUUAAGGUAGUCGUCCUCGGCGAUUCCGGUGUGGGAAAAACCUCAUUAACAUAUUUAAUUGCGCACAAUAAACCACUUUUAUCUCCGGGGUGGACUGUUGGAUGUUCAGUGGAAGUGAAAUUGCAUAGAUAUAAGGAAGGAACCCAAGCACAAAAUACCUUUUUUGUUGAACUUUGGGAUGUUGGGGGAUCCAAUAAUCAUAGGAAUACAAGAAAUGUAUUUUAUCAACCAACACAUGGAAUAAUUUUAGUACAUGAUUUGACUAAUAGAAAAAGUCAGUUAAAUUUACAAAAAUGGUUAUCUGAAAUCUUGAACCAAGACUCGACAAAUCCCACAUUCCAAAAUGUAGAUGUGGAUCCUGAACAGUUCCUAGGAUCUACUCAAAUUCCCAUACUAGUCAUAGGGACCAAGUUCGAUAUAGCUGAAGAGAACCAAAAGAAGAAUCAGUAUAGAAGACUAGCUAGUAGUAUCGCAGAGCAGUGUGGAGCUGAUGAAAUAUUUGUUAAUUGCUUUCAACCCAGAAGUCUAGCUCCUGGCACCAGCAACUCAGUGAAGUUGACAAGAUUUUUCGAUAAGAUAAUAGAAAGAAGGUACUAUUCCCGUAUAAGUCCCUUCACCGACAAGCGCCGCGCCAUUCCACCAUACCUGAUGGCCACAUCCACACCGCUGUCCAACAAGAGACCAGAAAAUUACCUCAGUCCUCGUUUCUAUCACAUGGACUAA